UAUCAGAUCGCACUUUCGCUCUGAAUCCGUGUAAAGUGUAAUUUUAUUUGAAUUUUAUUUCGAAAUAUUAAGUUCCAAGUGCAGUGGAUCAAGAAUGGCAUACCAGUUGACGAAAAUUGGUUCCUCCCUGUCGGGAAAUCUGUCCAAAACUGCUCUGAGGAGUAUCAGCACCACAGGAGCCGUGUACGAACCAAGAAAGCUUCCCGAUAAGACUGGCAAAAAUGUCGUACUGGUCGACGGAGUCCGUACACCGUUUCUGUUGUCCGGAACCGACUACUCGAAGCUGAUGCCACAUGAGCUGGCUCGGCAUUCGUUGUUGAGCCUGUUGCGCAAAACCAAGCUCGACAAGGAAAUCGUUGACUACAUCGUCUACGGUACCGUCAUCCAGGAGGUCAAAACUUCCAACAUUGCCCGCGAAGCUGCUCUGGCUGCUGGUUUCAGUAACAAAACCCCUGCCCACACGGUGACCAUGGCUUGCAUCAGUUCCAAUCAGGCUAUCACCACCGGAAUGGGUCUUAUAGCCACCGGAACGUACGACGCGAUCGUCGCCGGAGGCGUAGAAUUUAUGUCCGAUGUACCAAUCCGUCACAGCCGCAAAAUGCGUUCCCUGAUGCUGAAGGCCAACAAGGCUAAAACUGCCGCCCAGCGUCUGCAGCUGUUGACUACCAUCCGGCCAGACUUCUUCGUUCCAGAACUGCCAGCUGUGGCCGAGUUCUCGUCCGGCGAAACCAUGGGUCACUCGGCAGAUCGUCUUGCUGCUGCUUUUAACGCUUCCCGUCAAGAGCAGGACGACUACGCACUACGAUCCCACACUUUGGCCAAGGAAGCCCAGGACAAAGGCUACUUCACCGAUCUGGUUCCAUUCAAAGUAACCGGUGUGGCCAAAACCGUCGAAAAGGAUAACGGUAUCCGCGUUUCGAGCAAGGAAGCUCUGGCAAAGCUGAGACCAGCUUUUGUUAAACCAUACGGAACCGUAACGGCAGCGAAUGCUUCUUUCCUGACGGACGGAGCUUCGGCUUGUCUCAUUAUGACCGAGGAAAAGGCAAAGGCCCUUGGACUCCGUCCAAAGGCCUAUCUGCGCGAUUUCCUCUACGUCUCUCAGGAUCCCAUCGACCAGCUGCUGUUAGGACCUGCAUAUGGCAUCCCGAAGUUGCUGAAGAAGGCCGGACUCACGAUGAAGGACAUCGAUUCGUGGGAAAUCCACGAAGCGUUUGCCGGCCAAAUCAUCGCCAACCUGAAGGCACUGGACUCGGACUACUUCUGCAAGAACUACCUCGGACUAAGCGAGAAGGUCGGUACGCCUGAUCUGAACAAGUGGAACAACUGGGGUGGAUCUCUCUCGAUUGGUCAUCCGUUCGCGGCGACCGGUGUUCGGCUGUGCAUGCACACGGCCAACCGAUUGGUGCGCGAAAAUGGUCAGCUUGGUCUGGUGGCGGCCUGCGCCGCCGGUGGGCAGGGUGUGGCAAUGUUGCUCGAAAGGCACCCGGAAGCCAAUGCCGAAUAGAGGAGAGCGCGAGGAUGUAAGUUUCGUUUCGGUAAGAUGAUAAGUUGAAAAGGAUUGUCUUGAUCUAAGGAAGAUGAUCGCGAAAAGAGGCGAAAAGAUAUUUUGUUUGCAUUUUGGUUUUGCGGUUUCAUGGAAGGAGGGUGAUUUGUUAAUCCUCUUUACCUUUGCUAUAAGACUCUUGGAUCAACCCGCCGCAGCUCGACAAUCCCAUGUUGUUUGGUUCUUUACAUAUGUUUCCCCACAAAAUAUCUACAUAGGUAAUUUAGUUAAAAUCGAGUAAUCAUGUUUAUUUUUACACGUUUUUUGUUGGUAGACCCAUAUAUCU